UAGCUGGAAAUACUGGUUCUUCUGGAAUCUUAAGUAUCGUGUCUGGGAAGGGAGCUGAAUGACCUUGGUAAGCUUGGCCAGAUCUCUUGUGAACAGAAAGACCAGUAGAGAUCCAAGGGUCUAUUUUGGAGCUGUAAUAGAGACCAGAGAGAAGAUGGAGGGACAACACCCAGCAGAUGCCGAAAUUAGAAAAGCCCCUCCAGCUGCUCAGCCUUGGAGCUGUGGGAAGAACGGGGCAAUGAAUCCUGGGGAGAAGAUCCCCGAAGAGGCAUCCAAUAGUUCAGAGGUCCAGUGCUUUUAUUUCACAAAAGUGCAGUUCCAGGAGGGGAGCCGCCCCCGAGAUGUUUGCACUCAGCUUCACUAUUUUUGUCGUCAGUGGCUGCAACCAGAAAAACACACAAAGGCUCAGAUGCUGGACCUGGUACUUCUAGAACAAUUCCUGGCCGUCCUUCCCUCAGAGAUGGCAAAAUGGGUGCGGGAGUGUGGAGCAGAGACCAGUUCCCAGGCGGUGUCCCUGGCUGAAGGCUUCUUGCUGACUCAGGAGGAGGAAAACAUGCAAAAAGAGUUGCAGGUGGGAGAAU